CGGGCCAAAUCGGGGGGAUACGAGACCGAAGAUCACAGAUACGAUGAUUGAGAAUUGAUAGACGAGGAGAGGCGUAAAGCUAACCUCGUUGGGCAACACUAUAUCACGCGCUCAGACGCGUUUCUUGUUUACCUGGGCAUCAUACAUUGUAUAUAACAACUACUCCCACACUCCUUCAAUCAUCGCAAGAUCUAGGACGUCAAACUCGCCAUGGUCACUACUACCGUGAACGAUCUGGAUCCCAGGGUCACCGCUGGACCUGAGUUACUCAACGCAAUCGCAUCUGCGCAAGCCUCCACGCUACGCAGCGUUCUCAUCUACCUAUGUAAAGACCCAAGUACCGCCAGCCAAAUUGAGCAGGCCAUGCUUGUUUCAAAUUACGAGUUCCAGAAUCAAAAUACAUCAACGAACACGUACCCAAAGAAGAGGAAGCAUGAUGACAAGAUAUCCCGCUUCGCACGUUGCGUAAAUUGCAAGGACUUCGACGUCGUCUUGAACGAGAAGCCUGGGAAGGAGCAGGCAUGUGUGUAUCAUGACGGAAUUUUGGAAAUAGACGCAGACUUCUUUGUGGACGACGACGAUGUUUCCGCAGAUCCCUACAGCAUAGACGUCAACACUGAUUGGCGAGUGAAGGAGUUUCCUGAGGGGUUCAAAUGGAAUUGCUGUGGACAGUACGGCCGUAAAGUAAAGCCAUGCAUACGCAGUAGACAUUCCCAGACGGUAGUCAAUUAUGAAAGCGGGUUCAAUAUAUGGUACCUGGGCAAAGAUGGGACUUAUGUGACCGUGGACAGUCGAGACCCUGGGGAUGGGAGCGAUGAGACAUAGAAGGAAACCUUGGUGUAUAACUUAAUAAUUCCUUAUCGGUGUAGAUGUAGGCUGUCUCCGGGCAGUAUAUAUUCAGCGUGAACUUGGUCACACUGCUUCAUACUAGAACUGCAGUGCCGUCGGAUAUUCGUCAAAGGAUAAUGUGUCGACGA